GCUUUGCAGAUCGGUUAUCGGCAUCAGUUGUCGCUUGUCCAUCUAAUCAGUUAUCAGCCCCAGUCCGACCGAGUUACCGUACCGUUCUCGAACGAUCUACAACAACACACGCUCACACACAAAACUCACAAUGAAAACCAUCAUUGCUUUCGCUUUCGUCGUCGCCCUGGCCCUGGCUGCUCCCCUGGAUGACUCCAAGAACGCCCAGAUCCUGAAGUACGAGAACGACAACAUCGGCGUCGAUGGAUACAAGUUCGCCUUCGAAACCAGCGAUGGACACCAGCGUCAGGAGCAGGCCGAGCUGAAGAAGCUGGGCGAUGAUGUGGAAGCACUGGUCGUCCGUGGAUCGUACUCGUUCACCGGUGACGAUGGUCAGGUGUACACCGUCAACUAUGUUGCUGACGAGAACGGAUUCCAGCCGGAAGGUGCCCAUCUGCCCACGGUUUAAGCGGUUCCACUUUACCAUGGGUUAAACGCCACUCUACACAAACACCAAACACAUUUUAAACUAAACGGACCCACUACCGUUGUGACGCUAUAAUGGUGGGUGGGCACUGGGAAGAACACCACACAAUGCUCGUGAACCGGACGGAACCAACAUCAUCCGCACACAGAACAUCCGGUACAAGCGAAAUGGUUCACGAAACUUUAACUAAUUUUCUGCACGCUAUCGAACACACUCAACCUCCAACGCAUCUUAGUUCGUUCUAUUGUCCAGUGUAUAAUUUCGUAUUAAAAAUAUCGUUGUUUUAUUCUCCGUUUUUCGAAGUAUCAAGCAGCGUGAAUCGUCACGUCAAACAUAGUUACCCUGGAGGAAUGAAAAAAAAACAUAAGUUAAACCUUUGUUUUGUACCAUUCUUUUCUUCGUUUAAAAGAUUUCUUUUUCAAACAGAGCGAAAACUGCAGACGAAACCAUAACCUUACGGUCGUAAUAAAAAAAUCAGUACGUACAGAAAAAUACUCACACUCGCAGAAACAUUCGCUCGUAACAAACAGAUGCCAUACAUAGACGUUGUAAUUACACCUAUUCAAAUACAGCUGUUGGGGAGAAACAAAA